CUUCAACGGUGAAGAGACCCCUGUUUGGAAGCUUGAUUGGCUGUCAGCCCCGGCAACUCUAACAACAUCCUGGUGCGCCACCUCGAAAACAUUCACCACCAAGAAAUGUUCUGGUGAUGAUCAUAGCCUCUUGAAAUCGUUUCUCGGAGGACCCUGCUUUUUCCAGUGACCUACACGAUGGCAUUUACGGCGCAGUUACAUUAGCCGUAUGGGAAGCCAGCAUAUCGGAAUCAGUCGACAGCACCGCCACUGCGCUCAUGGCUUCAGGCUAGGGUUUCAUGGGAAACAGCUUGCAAUGGCGUCACCCGCUUGGACUACCAAGAUGUGCCGCCUUCUUAUCAGUUAUAUGCCCAUGCCCUUCGCCACCAACUGAUGGUGAGCUUUGGAAUGCUGGGCACCACCCACCUUAUCACUCCACGGUGUUCCCCUUGCACUCUGCGUGAGUCACUAUAUAUCUAUACUUCAACUCGCACCCCAUUCACUUGGAGGCUGCUGCAGUUGAUGCUGUGAUAUUGCGAGCACAGUGCUACCUGAAGUACCUUGCUCAUUGUGCAAGUCCUCUACGGAGCGGUCAUAUAACAUUCAACCCAUGCUUGAGGCGGCUGGGCCACUCAAAGCGACAAGUCAAACAAGCCAAACAAGCUCGCACCUAUAGCCAGCCCAACCGCACCCUCAACUCAACUCAAGCUCAGCCUCAGCUGUUAAUCUACUACAAACUCUACCUACCUACCUCACUAUACUUGCGGUCCGUUUGCUCUUGGCUCGGUUUCGGAACCGUUUGUGUUCAGGCCUUUGCCAGCAUCGUGACUGGUCACCGGUAUAGACGGGCGCUUAGCUCACUCUCGUACCCUAAGCGCUGCCGCCGGAAUUGUCAAGGGCGUUUCUGUUACAGCUGAUUUCUCUUUGAAUUUGUUAUUCAUUGGUUACUUUAUUUGUGGAGUGAAUCAGAUCCAAGAUGUUCUCCUCACGGAAAGAAAACGACGACCCGCCGGUCUAUCCGGCCGUACCCAACUCCCUCCGGCCAGAAUCAUUCGAAAUGGCCGAGAUGCGAAAAGUUCAAGAAGCUAGAGCCGAUACUGCUCCAAAUGCUACUCCCUAUCUCAGCCUCAGAGCAAGGCUCUCUCAAAUAUGGGUGAAUCGCUGGACAAUCCUCCUCAUCCUGGUCCUGGUCCGAGUUAUGAUCCUCAUCGUUGACCUUAAAGAAAAUGUCGGAGAUGCCAAAGUCAAAGCCCUAUCCGCCUGUACCAAAGUGGAAGAUGUUGGCAGCGCCAUGGCCUCCAUGCCUCAUUAUCUCUCUAGGGGCGUGAACGAACUUGCAGCUUCUGGAAUCGAGAAGUCAGUUGACGCCAUGGUGUACUUGCUCGACCUGAUCCUUGUCGGCGUGAAGAACAUGAUCGUGUUCUACAUCAACUUUCUAACUGCCACUUACGUGUGCCUUAUUACCGCCAUGGUCCACGGAAGUCUGGAUGUUGUUGCCGAUGUCACUGAAGGAGCAACUGAAAAGUUCAACAGCGUGAUUGACAAGGCUGUGGACAAAAUAGAAAGUCUCUCCAAGGAACUUGAAGAUGGCAUUAACAAGGUCACCAAGGGAAUUGAAGACUCUGUCUUUGGAGACCUUGUUCCCGAUAUCCCCAAGGUUGACUUCUCCAGCCCCGUCAAGGAACUCAAGGACUUUGACAUCAAGUCCGAAGAUUUCGCCAAGGAUGUCCGUAAAUUGGAAGAUGAUCUCCCUGACUUCCGAGAAGUCCAGAACUUGACAGAGCAAGCCAUCUCGAUUCCGUUCGACUUCGUCCGCAAAGCCCUCAACGAGACCUACGGCAAUUACAAAUUCGAUCGAGAUGUCUUCCCUCUCGCCCAGAAGAAGAAGCUGACCUUCUGUUCUGAGAACACUGCUCUCAACGAUUUCUUCAACAACCUAUUCGAACUUAUCCACAAAGCUCGAACCAUCUUCAUCGCUGUCUUGAUUAUUCUCGCUCUGGCCGCCAUUGUUCCCAUGGCCUGGCUUGAGAUCAGACGCUGGCGGCGACAACAGCAUCAUGCUCGUCUUAUUGCUCAAAACUUGUAUGACCCUAUGGACAUUGUCUACAUUGCGUCUCGACCCAUGACGGCUACUGCGGGCAUCAAGAUCGCAUCGCACUUCAAGGGCAAGCGACAGAUUCUUGUACGAUGGCUGAUCGCUUAUGCCACGUCCGUCCCAGCCCUCUUCAUCCUGUCUCUUGCCAUCGCUGGCUUCUUCUCUUGCUUUUGCCAGUGGCUUCUUCUCAAGGCGAUCAGAGACCAAGUGCCUGCCCUCGCAGGUCAAGUUGGCGCAUUUGCUGACGAUGUUGUUGAGAACCUCGAAAGCGUUUCGGCUGAAUGGGCCCAUGACGCCAACGGCGUGAUUACGAGUUUCAACAGUGAAAUUAACAACGACGUCCUCGGCUAUGUUACCAACGCCACGGAUGCUGUGAACGACACUCUCAACACAUUUCUUGAUACCAUGAAUGAUGGGCUUGACACUGUCUUCAAGGGAACCAUCCUUCUUGACCCUAUCAAGACAGUCAUUCACUGUGUUAUCGGCAUCAAGAUCGAGAGCGUGCAAAAGGGACUCACCUGGGUUCAUGACCACGCCCAAGUCAACUUCCCACUCUUCGAAAACAAUACCUUCAGCGAGGGUGCGAAGGACUCGGUUGAAGGUGACUCGGAGCUUAACACGUUCCUGGCAUCCCCGUCGUCCGCCACUACUGAUGAGGUCACAGGGGCUGUCAAGGCAGUUACAGAUUGGCUUCACGGGAAGCUGAUCCAAGAUGCUCUUAUCUCUACCGGUAUCCUUCUAGUGUAUGUACUUGUUGUCCUUAUUGGCACAGUCUGGACACUUGUCGGCAUGGUCUCACCGGACAAGGGCCGCGCCGAAGGUGGUAUGCGCUAUACUGGAGACAACAGACCGGGCUUUAGUCCUCGUGUCGGACACCAUGAUCCCGCCAAUCCCGAUGGCGCAACACACUUUCCUCGUUUUGGGUCCUCCUCUGGCGAGAUAGAUCAUUACAGAGAAGAUGCUCCCAGGCAUGACGAGAAGUUCAUGUCUGGUGCGACAGGGGCCCGUGCUACACAGGUGGACGGCCACCAAAGAAGCAGCUCCUACGGCUACCUAGACACGGCAAGUGGCAAAUACUAGGAGUGUUGGAGCCCGAUAGCCAGUUGAAGGAUGAUUUUCCCUGCAGUUUCUUUUUUAUUACUCUGGCCCUGGCUGGACCCGCGCCGAGAGAGACGAUCCUUUUUAACUGCAUGAAGCGAUGACUACACGGAAGGCGUUGGUAUAAUGUAUCUUGGACAUGGAGGCAACUCAAAUUUAUUUCAUAUGUUUCUCAGUUGAUAUCCCGAAGGGGAAAAAAAAGGUAUUGGCCGUUGGAUACUUGGUUCAUGUUUCGUGUCCAAGGAAUAGUCUUGAGUCUGGUUCGUGUUCUACAUUGUUUGUGGUCAUGAUUUCAACCAGAUUGUUUCUAGAUCAGACUGACACAUAGUAACAACAAAUUGAAGGCUACAAUUGUAAAUCUCAUG